ACAUGGCCGCCUCCACUGUGCGUCGGUCUGUAUGCUGCGUGUCUAAAGCUUUACCCCGUUUUAACACGUCCUGGACACCCGGAAGCUCCUGUAGAUAUGAAAACGUCUCCGGUCCGACUUUAACGUGGUGUCGUUAUUAUGUUUCUGGACUGGGUACGAGUCGGAAGAGAGAGGAAACCCAUGUGACAUUGAGGGGGUGUGCAGGGUUUAAGAGCUUCCAUAUUUUCAGCUCACACGCCUUCCAUAGCAGCUCGGUGUGUCGUGAACAGCAGGAUUUCUACAACACACUGGGAAUCCCACGCACCGCCACGCAGAAAGAGAUCAAGAAAGCGUACUAUCAGCUGGCGAAGAAAUACCAUCCCGAUACAAACCCAGACGACCCACAGGCGAAAGAGAAGUUCGCCAAGCUAGCAGAAGCAUACGAGGUCCUGAGUGACGAAGUGAAAAGAAAGCAGUAUGACACGUACGGUUCGGCAGGGCCGAGCGCAGCUGGGGGGGGGCAGCAGUACUGGCGGAGCGGAACCACCGUGGACCCCGAGGAACUUUUCAGGAAGAUCUUCGGCGAAUUUGCCGGAGCGCAAGGGUUCGGGAACUUCAGCUCCAUUUUCGAGCAGCCGCUCGAGUACGUUAUGGAGCUGACGUUCACCCAGGCAGCCAAAGGCGUGAACAAAGAGAUCACAGUGAACAUAGAGGAUGACUGUCAACGGUGCGACGGUAAAGGUUACGAGCCUGGCACCAAAGUCACACCCUGUCACUACUGCAACGGCACCGGCAUGGAAUCUGUGAACACAGGCCCGUUUAUGAUGCGCACCACGUGUCGGCGCUGCGGUGGGCGGGGCUCCAUCAUCAUCACGCCUUGUGUGCUGUGCAGAGGAACAGGCCAAACCAAACAGAAAAAGAGCAUCAUGGUUCCUGUACCCGCAGGAGUGGAGGACGGCCAGACGGUCAGGAUGUCUGUAGGAAAUAAGCAGAUCUACAUCACAUUCAGAGUCCAGAGGAGUCCAAUGUUUCGGCGUGAUGGGUCCGACAUCCACUCGGACAUGAUGAUCUCCGUAGCGCAGGCCAUCCUGGGAGGAACGGCUCGAGCUCAGGGUCUUUACGGGAUGGUGGACAUCGCGAUCCCUCCCGGGAUUCAGACAGACCAAAAGAUCCGUCUGGGUGGUAAAGGCAUCGCUCGCGUGAACGGGUAUGGCUACGGAGACCACUACGUCCACAUCAAGGUCAAAGUGCCCAAAAAGCUGAGCCGGAGGCAGCGGGAUCUGAUUCUGAGCUUCGCUGAGGAAGAGACGGACGUAGAGGGAUCCGUGAACGGAGUAACCCGGUCAACACAAGCGAGGUCACAGGAUGCAGAGAAGGAAUCUGGAGCCGACCCGAGGACCGACGAGGAGCCGCAGAAGGAGGAGGGCGGAUUUUUCUCCAAACUGAAGAAGAUGUUUUCCUGAAGGGAGCAGCAGGAGAGAGGACAAAAAGUUCAGGUCACAGAAGCAAUAAGGUCUUUACUCAUCUGAGAGCGAGAGGAAUGAGAUGACAAAAAGAGGCAUCCAGAGAGCCAGUUCUGUUCCUCCGCAUUUGUUUAUUAAAAUCCUGGCAGGCGAACAGAGAGCAGAGGCUUCUGGAAACGAAAGCCAUGUGCUAAAGUAUGAACUGUUUGUGAAGUUCAAAAAUAAUGGUUUAUUAGUGUAAUCAGUCAACAUGUUAACGUAAACUCUUCAUCCUGGUUAAUGUGUAUUGUUCUAAUAUAUAUAAAAAGGAAGUUGUUUAAAAAUAUUUAGAUUAAAUAUGAGUAUAAAGAAAAUAAAAAGUCUAAAUAAAAGCAUUGUUCUUGAAUAAAAAAAAAAUGGCUGUGGUGUAUGGGGAAUAAAACACUUCUAGACAUCCUGUCAUUAAACAGUAAUAAACAUC